CCGCUCACACGCACACGUCACAGGCAGCCCAGCCCGUCACGCCAGCCCGCACAACAUCCUUCCAUUGAUGGGUGCCGUCAUCGGCCGCUCCUGCUUCCUCUCUUCGUCAAACACAUUCGAUGCAAUCGGCAGCUUACUCAGAAACCGCCUCUGCGAUAAGUACUCCGGCUUCUGCUCAAUCAGGGCGACGCGCAGAUUCCCCUGCCUGCCGUACCCCGGCAGGCUCUUCUUUUCACUCAUCUGCCGUUGCAAAAUGGCGAUCAUCUUGGAGGCACUCUUGUCGAGCCUCUCGAAGGCCACCCUCUUGGCCUUGAUGUCUGGCUCCUCGUCGUCGUCAGCCAUGUCCAGUGUUGGCGACUCCUCACGUCGCGCAGGGUGGGGAGAGGCGGUCUCGUCGCGCAUGAGGGCAAGACGCCCCUCCAGCACAACCAGCUCGUCUCCAGUGGCUGACGAAGCUGAAGACUCCGAUCUCGAUGUCACUGCGGGCUGCGUCUCUCGGGUCCUCUGGCGCACCGGCGUCCCUCGGCCAGCUUUCGUCUCAGCGGCCUUCCGCUCCUUCCUGAGGGCUUUUUGCUUCGCCGCGUAUCUCUUCGCGGUUAUCGCCGCCCGCAGAGAGGCCGCCCCAUUCGCCGAAGCCGUCGUCUCCGAAACUACUUGGGUGGGAGCAGCGGCUUUCUGCGGUCGUGGCUCAAUCUCCCCCGAAAUGGGGUUGAAGUAAUGCCUCUCCUGGUAGAUGCUUUGGAGAUAGCGGGCGUGCUGCUGCCUCGCCCUCUCAUACACGGGCAGCAGGUCUCUCGACACUCUCUCAUACUCGACGGCCAGCUCGGCCAGCUGUUGAAGCUCCUUGGUCGCCGAGCCCCUGAUCCGGGAGCUCUUCUUGUCAAGCCCCUGACGAGACCGUAUCGCAGCCUUCCUCGAUGAGGGGCUGCUGAUCGUAGCCCUUCUCGAUGUGGGGCUGCUGCUGGCGCCGGUGGGGGACCUGCUGAUACUCGCCCUUCGUGAGAUGGCUCGCGAGAGGCCGGCGAUGGGCUCGGGGGCCGGCGACGCAUCUUGAAAUCGGGUGCUGAUGGGAUGGGAUGGCUUGGCGUCCUUGUCUGUCACCUGCAAACAAGAGAAUCACUUAGCAUAGGUAUCGAUAUAUUGAGGAGGGGGGAAGUGCAUGCACCUCGCUGACCUCCACAACUCCUGGGGCGCUCACCUCACCUGUGAGGGAAUGGCAGUUUGAAGAGCAGCUUCAUCCUUCACAGCAAGCAGCGGUGGCUUAUCCGGCAACGCCAGUGGCUCCGCCUCUCUGCUUGACCGCUGCUCCCUCUUCAGCACCGCUGGGGCCGGCAGGUCAAGGCGCUCUCUGCAUCGGCUGACGGGCCGUGACGAUGAGAGGGCGAGAUGGCUCAUUCGCACCUGGUUGGACUCAUCCAGGAGGUUGCCGCGCAGCUCCGUGAGCACCUGUAAGUAUGCCUCUGUUUCAUGAUGGAGCUUGUUGACUAUGUGUUCGCACGCGGCGAGCUGCUUGAGGCUCCUGGUGGAGGGCAGACGGCUGGGCACUCCCAAAUAGGUCCUCAUCUUUCGCGUGUGUGUGGGGAGCGAACCGAAGGGAGAAG